ACAAUAAUCAAAUGUUGUGCGUUACCAUGGUGACCGGGGUAAACUACCAAGUGUGCUGCUAGGCUAGCUAAACUAUGCUCGAGUUAAACUACUGGCCUUUUAUUGUCCAUAAAUACAGCUAGUAAACUUCAACACGUUCCGUGAAGACACUGUUCACAGACCACCAGGAUGCCGGUUCCUUUGUCUGGGGUAGAGCUGCUCAGACUGUGUACAGUGCUCCAGGACUGUGCUGCACAGCUGUCAGUGCUGGGUCACAUCAUGCCCGACACCUACAGGGGUCGUCCAGAAGCUGAUAAGUUUGUGUCAGCUGACAUUGGACAGGUCCUUGAACAGCAGAAAGGGGCAGAGCAGAACCUGAAAGCAGCCCGUCAGUUUGAGAGAGAGUCUGGGAGACUGUCAGAUGCCACCCGUGAGCUGCACAGAUCCCAGAAGGAACUGAACCGCACACUAGAGGAGAACCCACUGUCCCCUGACAACCUGGCCAAGGUGCAGAGAGACCGUCAGUUUGUGGCUCACGUGAUUGCUGAUGUGUUGGCAGAGCUGCAAGAGAAAGGGACCUUUCACAGCUUGCUUUUCGCUGUGGGAGAAGAGAAAAGAAGGAAGGCCAAUCUCCUGGACAUAAUAAUCAGGGAGGAGGGCGGCCGGCGGAGGACCAAAGCUCUUCAGAGACAGCUGCUUGACAUCCGCAAGGAAAAAACUCUGGAGCUGCAGCGACGCGAGGAGAUGACUGCCCACCUGAAAGACCAACUACAGGAGAUGAAGGCUAAGACUGGCCUGGAGAGGAAGUAUGUGAAGAGCAGCGCAGAGCUGCUGGUGUACCAGGGACAGAAGAUCAACACACACUCCGAGAAGCAGCUGGAGGAUGAGAUCAGGCUACAGCAGGAGAGGUUGGAGGAGGAGAGGAGAGUUCAUAUGGAGAUGGAGACUUUCCUCAAGGAACAUCAGACAAGUCUGGGGGAGAAGCUGGAGGUGUGGAUGGAGCGCUAUGAGAGAGACAUGGAGGAUAAGCAACAGGAGCUUAACAGCCUGAGGAACAACAAAGCUAACAAUCUCUCCCAGCUCCAGGAGCUGGCCAAGAAGUACAGAGACAGUGAGCAGGUGGUCAUCGAGGACAGGAUGGAGAAAGAGGCCCUACGCAGGAAGCUGGAGAAGGAACACAUGGAGCGAGACGCAGCCACCAAGAUCCAGUCGUGGUGGAGGGGAACGUUAGUGCGACGCGGCCUGGGCCCCUAUAAGAAAGGCAAGAAGCCCAAGGAGGGCAAGAAGGGAAAGAAGAAAAAGUGAGGUGUCCCUUCAAGAGCUCCAAAAAGUCUCAAUACAGACAUGUUACUUUUCAUCAAUGUUCAAUUCCUGAUUACAGACAAUCUAAGUCGACACUUGGCCUGUAGGCAAAUAUAUAUUCAAUGAGAAAGGCUCCCCCUUAACAGAGUAAAGUUGGCAUGGUCAUUUUGAAUACUACUACCACCAUUGCAAGGUUCUUACUUAUAUGCAGUCUAACACAAGAGCAAGAAUGGUAAUAAACAAGCGUGAGACUGAUAUGGGUCACUUUUAUUAAUGCCAAAUAUUCAUUCCAGAAAAUAAUAGUUCAAUUUUGUACAUGUUUUCAGGGACAAUUUCUCAGCAAACGGUGUAAAAAUGUAAAGUUAAAAAGACCCAUGUUGCAGUCAUGAAAGAAGGUCCUCUCUUUAUGUGGUACCUACUUGUAAACACAUGGAAUGCAUCUAUUUUACUGUACAUAUGUCACAGGGUCCAGACCCAGCAGUAGGGGCAUAUGAUUCCUGCUAGAGAAAGCCCAAGUCAGUAUGGGUGAAAAUAUCAAAACAAAACAUUUAUAAUUACCUUUAACUUCCCUUUUGAGAACUCUGAGUCUAUCUAAAACAAAGUUAAAAUGGUAAAAACAUACCUCUGAUAUAUUUUUUCACUUCAGAAUCUACGUAGGCAGAUUCCCAGUUUACAUCGCUUUUACUGUAGGGUGUACAUCUAAGUAGGCAGCCUACGUAGCCUUUCCUAUAGGGAUGUGCAUCUAAGUAGGCAGCCUACGUAGCUUUUACUAUAGGGAUGUACAUCUAAGUAGGCAGCCUACGUACCCUUUACUAUAGGGAUGUGCAUCUAAGUAGGCAGCCUACGUACCCUUUACUAUAGGGAUGUGCAUCUAAGUAGGCAGCCUACAUAGCUUUCACUAUAGGGAUGUGCAUCUAAGUAGGCAGCCUACAUAGCUUUUGAAGGGAAAAAUAUAUAUCAGAGGUAUGUUUUUACCAUUUUAACUUUCUUUUAGAUAGAGUUCUGAAAAGGGAGGCUGGGAAUCUGCCUACAAGAUCCCAUCAAUCAGUGGUCCUCAGGUCAGUCUUCACCAGAGUAUUAUUGCCAGCUCUGUGGCUA